AUGGAGGAACUGGCGCAGCUGGCUGUGGCGUUACACGGCAGCGCGGUCGCAGACAGCUCAUCGGUCACCUACAAGUCGGGGCGGCGGCGCUUUGUACGCUUCUGUGCGGAGGUCGCAGGGGUGCCGGAGGCGGACGCCCUGCCCCGCCAGCGUGGGUCUGACCUCAAUCGGGACCUGGUGUGUCUGUUCAUAGCGCAUGCAGUUGGCCGGUACGCGACUUCCACUGUCACCGGCACGCUGAGCGCCCUGGCGGACUGGCAGCGGUUCAUGGGAGUCUCGCCAGAGGCAUAUAUCAGCCGCGACACGCUGGUCAAGCGAACCCUGGGCCAAGUGUUGCGGAGGACUGCUGCGGGGCCGGAGUCGGCACCGUCCAUGGCAAAGGCACCCCUGCCCCUGGGGGUGCUGAGGCUGCUCGUGGCGUGGCUACGCGCCACCACCAACCGUCACCACCAACCGCCACCACCAACCGUCACCACCAACCGCCACCACCAUCACCACAACCACAACCACUACCAUUACGGCCAAGUUAGCCAGGCAGUGGGAACAGGAUCGGGCUUCAGGCUCCCGUAUGGAACCCACCCAUGGGGCCGCACGUUGGGCGAUGCACUGGUGAUUCCGCCGCCAGCAUAUACCACACGGACCUUCUACGCACAUGCACGCUAUCUACUUUGGUACGUACAUGACCUGCUGGCCAACCUGGACCCACUCAUACCGCGCACGCUGCACAGGUGCAUGCAGCCGUGA